AUGGAGGCGUUCAAGUAUGAGAUUGCUGCUAAUGCGUACAAGUUGGGAUACUUGGACUGCAUGAACGGUUCUCAUCCAUGUUGCCUUCUCAGACAUGAAGAUGAAGCAGUUGAAGAGCAGGUAGCUAGCGAAGCUGUAAUGGAGGAAGACAAUGCCAAAGGUGUGGCAGCUGAGGAGGCUAGGGCAGAUGCAGAGGAGCAGGUAGUUGGGGAUGUCGAGCAGAUAGUGCCGGUUGAGCAGAAUGAGGUUGUUGUCAACGCAGUUGAUCAGAAGGUAGCCGAGUUAAUGAUAGGGUCUUGCCAACUAGGAUCCUCGUUGAUCUGUAUCAAGUCCGGCUGCUCUGCCUUUUCUAAGCUUGGUUGGCCAAGGUGCUCGACCAGCAUAGAGCGUCUGAACUGGGUAUCAAGUGCUGAUCCUAGGCUUGCCAAUGCGUCUCUGCACGUGUUCUUUGGUCGAGGCACUUGUUGGAUGGUGAAGGUAGGAAAUGCCUUCAACAGCUCUUGGACUUUGUCAAUGUGCAAGAUCAUCCUUAGCUCAUUUGCCAAACGCAAGGCAGCUAACAAUGCCUCGUACUCUGCCUCGUUGUUUGAGGCUAGGAAGCCAAGCGUGAAAGCUUAA